AUGAAAAAUAAUGUGACAGAAUUUCUUCUUAUUGGACUGACCCAGGACCCAGCAAAGGAGAAAAUAGUAUUCGUCAUCAUCUUGAUUUUCUACAUUGCCACUAUUUUAGGGAACCUGCUUAUCAUUGUCACCGUCAAGAACAGUCCUGCACUUGGGUCCCCCAUGUAUUUCUUUCUGACCUAUUUGUCCCUUUCUGAUGCAUGUUUAUCCACCACAACAGCCCCACGACUAAUAGUAGAUAGUCUGCGCAAGAGGAAAUCUAUCUCCUACGAUGAGUGCAUGCUCCAGUUAUUUGCAGGGCACUUCUUUGGCAGUAUGGACAUCUUGGUCCUCAUCCUGAUGGCCUAUGACCGCUAUGUGGCCAUCUGUAAACCUCUGCACUAUUUGACUAUCAUGAGUAGGAAGGUAUGUAGUAUCUUGGUGGCAUUAGCCUGGGUGGGGUCAUUUGUGCAUUCCGUUGCCCAGCUCUUCAUUGCCUUGAGUUUGCCUUUCUGUGGUUCCAAUUUAGUCAACAACUACUGCUGUGAUCUGCAACCCUUGAUGAGAUUGGCCUGUACUGACACAUAUGUGCUAAACCUCUUGGUUGUUUUUAACAGUGGAGCCAUCUGCAUGGUGAGCUUUAUAAUGCUAAUGAUCUCCUAUACUGUUAUCUUAUAUUCUCUGAGAAAUCAGAGUAGAGAGGGGAGGUACAAAGCUCUUUCCACAUGCACCACUCACAUCAUUGUUGUCCUCAUAUUCUUUGGCCCCUGUAUAUUUAUAUAUAGCAGGCCACUUACCACCUUUCCUGCAGAUAAGUUGGUGGUUGUGUUUUAUACCAUUGGAGCACCUUUGCUCAACCCUUUGAUCUAUACACUGAGGAAUAAAGAAGUUAAAACUGCAAUGAGGAAAUUGUGGAGCAACAGAAAAACUUUACACAUAAAACAAUGA